AUGUCUAAUUCAACUGCCCAAGUGUUAAUGAAGAAGGGAAAGAGGGGUGCAGCUGCUUACAUCCAUGCGGACUGCGCUAGCGGUUCGCCGCAGCACUUAGGUCCACUUCUAGAUGUGUUGCUCAACCCCAGCAAGGCCAUAGAUGAGUGGGAGACAAUAGACUGGUGUCGCUGGCUAUUAGCGGGUGGAAGAACCCCAGACGAAUUCGCCGCAGUCGGUAAAAUAGUAAUAAUGUAUUGUUAUGGUAGUUUUUGA